AUGCAACGUCUGAGCUCAUGGUUCGAGCAGUUUCCGUUACGUCGUCGUGCCUCAACUCGACGGUCAGAAAAUUGUCGUUCCGGGCCGCAUAAGCAACAAUCCAAGUCAGCAGCAGCAGCGGUACCACGACUUCGUUAUAGUGUUAGCGCCGCCCAAAACUAUCGUCAGCGGGAUCAUUCUGCUGAUGCCCUGUCGCAAUCACUGAUCAAUUAUGAUCAGCCGCAUGGUACUUAUUUUUGA